GUCCGAGUCCAGUCGGUCCGGAUUACAGUGCAUGUGUUGAUCUUUGUACUAACCUCACUACGGGCUGUCGAAUCACGAACGAGCGCUGAGGCGGGGCCAAUGUUGCGCGAGCAUUACGCUGCCGACGGACUUCAUUGUGCCAGCAUCGGCGACGCAACCAUGUCCGUUUCUCCUGAGGUCAUCCAGAAGAUCGAAGACGGCUUCACCAAGCUGCAGAAUGCGAAAGAUUGUCACUCCCUCCUGAAGAAAUACCUCACGAGAGAAGUAGUCGAUCAGUUGAAGGAUAAGAAGACCAAGCUUGGAGCAACUCUUUUGGAUGUUAUCCAAUCUGGAGUGGCCAAUCUUGACUCUGGUGUAGGAGUUUACGCUCCCGAUGCGGAAGCAUACACCCUUUUCAAACCUUUGUUCGAUCCAAUCAUCCAGGACUACCACAAUGGUUUCGGGCCUAACCAGAAGCAACCAGCCACUGAUUUGGGAGAGGGCAAAACCGCUCAGCUUGUUGAUCUCGACCCCGAAGGAAAGUUCAUCAACUCAACUCGUGUCAGAUGCGGACGAUCUCUUGCCGGAUAUCCAUUCAACCCUUGCCUCACCGAGGCUAACUACCUUGAGAUGGAGGGUAAAGUCAAGAAGAUCUUCGAGAACAUCAAGGAUCCGGAACUCCAAGGAACAUAUUACCCACUUGAUGGCAUGACCAAGGAUGUGCAGAAUCAGUUGAUCAAGGAUCAUUUCUUGUUCAAGGAGGGAGACAGAUUCCUCCAAGCUGCCAACGCUUGCAGAUACUGGCCCAAGGGGCGCGGUAUCUUCCAUAAUAAGAAUAAGACCUUCCUUGUAUGGGCCAAUGAAGAAGACCAUCUUCGCAUCAUUUCCAUGCAAAACGGCGGCAACGUAGGACAGGUUCUCGAGCGCUUGAUCAAGGGAGUCAAAACUAUCGAGGCGCAAGCUCCUUUCUCCCGUGAUGACCGUUUGGGAUGGCUCACUUUCUGCCCAACAAAUCUAGGAACCACUGUUCGCGCCUCAGUUCACAUUCGCUUACCAAAGAUCUCUGCCAAGCCCGAUUUCAAAAAGAUCUGUGAUGAUCUCAAGCUGCAGAUCCGUGGUAUCCAUGGAGAGCACUCCGACUCUGAAGGUGGUGUCUAUGACAUAUCGAAUAAGGCUCGACUUGGCCUUACUGAGUAUGAAGCUGUGAAGCAGAUGUACGACGGUGUAAAGCACCUUAUCGAGCUUGAGAAGAAGGCUUGAAUGGUGUUAUCUCAGGUAGAAAUGAUGGUUGAUUGAUAUCUUGAGUCGUCGAUAUAAUUUUGUGCGUAGCUUAGUGUCUAGAUAUUAUAGAUUUGUUUGGAGAUUUUAAUAUGGU